ACUUCCUCACUUCCUGUGCGCCAUGUUUCCUAUCAAUAGUUGGAUGAUGCUCUUCAACAGAACAAACAAAAGAAAUGGUUGAUUAAAAAUAGAGGAAAUUCUGCCAUUAUUGGUAUUAGAGGCGAAGAAAACGAUUUGAUAAAUGCAUGCCGAGUAUUUCAUGGUAUAUUUUUCAUAGCCGUGUGGUGCGCGCGCCUAAGCUCUUCUCCACUCGGAUUGGUGAAAACAGACUCACGAGCACGCACUCUGUCGAGAGCUGUCUCUUCGACUGCCAGGUCGUGUAAGGGAAAAGAUGUACCAACUACCUGUGGAGAAACUGGACAAAAUCAGACAAUCAAGGAAGAGAGUCAAAGAUAUUCUAUGUGACAUUGGACUUGACAACUGCAAAAAGUUGUUGGAUGAUCUUAAAUGCUUUGAUGCAGGAGACGACUGUUUUGAGAACACAGACUGGGAGGAUUUAACGGACGGUUACCAUGGCAAAAGGAGAAAAAGGUGGCCAUAUCGCAGAGAGAUGCUAUGCUGUGCCCUGUGCUGGUUCUCUACCCGGUCAUGGUACACCUUCAGAGGACACGUCCAGCGCUGUCACGAGGAGGAGGAGGACAUCAGCGCCCUGUCCUCCUGCCCCAACUGUUCCUUCAUCAGCCAGCCUGAUGUCACCAAUCAACACAUCAAGCUGUUCCACGGGGGCUCAGCCAAAACCACCAGUGCCUCAUGUACUUUAACCUCCACCACGUCCCAUACUACCAUCCAUUCAGUCUCCACCACUGACGUAGGAGACAAAUACUCGUGUCGAGGCUGUGGGUUCCACGACUCGCUGUUCUAUGUCAUGAGAAAACACGUCCUGGUGAACCACUACGGGUCGUUGUUGAACCGUUACUAUGGUCACCGGAACGAAGCGGAACAGACAGCGGGCGGGGUCAAAUUGUCCACGUUCUUCUGCAGGAUGUGUAACAUGCCGGCGGAGACGUCGGAGCACCUGCUCUACCACAUUCUGAGCUCAGACAAACACAAGGAACUGCACGAGCACAUCAGGCCCUUCAUCGUCGAACAUGUCAACACGAACCUCAAAACUAGCAUAAGGAACGGCCCGCAGCAGAAGCUUCCGAACCUGGCUCCCAGGGCUGUCCAAAAAGUAGUCUCUCUGGUCUCCAAGAACAGUAACCAACAGCAACCCAACGGAAGGUCCAUGUCAAAAAACCCUUCCACCGGUACUAUGCUUCUGGCUGCUCCAAGUAACACAACGGCCCUUGUGUGUGGUCCAAACCAGAGGCACAUGUUCCUCGCCACACAGGGCCCAGGAGGAAACGGCUUAGUACUCACUCAGCGGGCAGUUACUUCUCUUCAGAACCGUGCUGCCUUGCCCACCUCCACACUCGUCAAAGCUGGUCCCAUCAGAAUGAUGCUGCCCAACACCCAGCAGAAUGCCACCAAACCGUUACCAAUAACAAUUAGAGUUCCCCAACAACAACAACAACCCCGACAGGUCCUACUUCCACCUGGUGUCCAAAUCAAUGUCCACAACAAGAUGGGUGGUGGUUCCCAGCCCUUUAUGUUGACCCAGUCUGGUCCCAGAGGAGCCGUCAUGUCCUCCCAGUCUGUCCGUCUGGUCCCUACUGGCAACAAGGUAAACGGCAUGCCAACCUACACACUGGAAACUGUUCAGGUUGCCAUGCCAGUCCAGUCUGCUGGGGUCACCCAAAUUGUCAAUAAAGGUGUGCUUGUGACGCAGAACAUGACCACUCUACAACAGCAGAACAAGCCGUCGACUAUAAUCGUCAUGGGAAACGGUACGGUGUCCAAUCAAGCGCCUAGCACGGCCGUGAUGAACCUGACACAAGGUGACAACGGCACUGAGAAACCCAAAGAGUUGGCUGUGCAGACACAAUUUCUGAAGAAGAUGGAGAAUAACACAGUGAAAUGCACAAGAUGUAAAACGUUAUUGUCGGAGAAGGGUAUUUUUCAGCAUUUGUUGCAUGGUCUGCAGUGUUUACUCUGCCCAUUGGUGUUCUAUUCCAUCCAGCAAGUCAUGGUACACAUGGGUAAGGAACACAAGCUCUCAGACAAAGCCAACUGUGACGUCCUCAAAGAGAAAUAUCGUCUGGGAAUCAAUCCCCAGGGGGGCCUUUUGUUUCCCUUUUUUGACAUGAGCGCAACUGUCCCUAAAGACCUGCUUGCAGACAAGGAGCUAAACGUGGUUCUGGUCACAUCGACUAAAGACCGGAUCUAUCUGAAGCUGAGACGAGAGUCCAUCAAGUCAGCAUAUCAAAACCUAGCAAAAGACGGUUGUCCCUUCUGUCCAGAGAAGCCUCAGAACGGGGAUGAUUACGAGCUCCAUCUGAAGACAAAGCAUCACAUUGUACCCACUAUACAUGCCAUACUGAAGGCCCCAGCCUUCAAGUGUGUAUACUGCCUGGGGGUGUACACAGACAAGUCCACUUCCAAAACCAUCUCCAUACACGUCCAGCGCUGUAGGUGUGCCCCCAAGGCAGCCAAGGAUGCAGAGAGAUUGAUCAACCCUGAUCCAAAUGCCCAGACAAUCAACGGUGGCGUGCCGGCCGCUACCCUGGAUCAGAGCAGACCGAGUAGGUCUAGGGAAGCGACAGGGGGGGCCACCAAGCAGCAGGUGGGGCACAAAUCCAAACCUGGUGCUUUUACAUUUGACCCCACUGUGUCCCUGGUGCUGGAUCCCACAGGAAUGGAGAUGCUUCCCUUCCAGGAUAGAAAGGAGUUCCUCACUAGAUACUUCCACCAGAGGCCCUACCUGUCUAGGAAAGAGAUGGAGGCCCUGGCGGGCCGUCUGUGGUUCCAGAGGACUGAUGUGGCGUCUCUGUUUGGGGCGAAGCGCAGCCGGUGUAUGAAAGCACUCCGACAGAAGAAGACUAAGGUUCUGAUGGGGUUUAACUGGACUGAGCUGAGCAAGCUGAAGCACGACCUUGUUGUUCCAGAGAUUGAACCUGAAAAGAAAGCUGAGCCAGGGAACGUAAAUGUCUAACUUACUGUAUGCACAGUCAUUCUGCAGACGGAAUGCAUUUAAAGUGAGUCAGUGUGCAAAAAAAACAAACAAACAAGGAAAUAUAUUAACCAAAUUGCAAGCUGUGUUUAUCUAGAAGAUAUAUUUUGGAUGUAUAGAAAGAAACGGUGAUAACCCUUGUCAUUAUUUUCUUAUUAUGAAAAAGGGAAUUUUAAAGGAAAUGAUGUCAUCGAGACAACAUUUAAAGAGUCAUGAGAAUUAGAUGUCCCUUUUUGAAGUCAUGGGGAGAAAAAAAAGUCUAACUAGUAUUUUGUCAAUUAACACUUGAGUUUAUACAUGUACCCAUUUUGACAAACAAAAAAAAAAGACAGUGUGGACCAAUUUGUUUUUGUACAAUUGUAAAGAGUGUUUAGUAGAAUUGAAACGUGUGUAGAUAUUUUAUACGAUCUGUUAAUAUACCCAAGAACUUGUGGACACAUACAAUGUUUAUUUGGAAUCUCAUGUCAUUGAUAAACUAUAUGUACAGUAUAACUUCACAGCCUGGGCAGCUUGUAAACACGCACUAUUUGGCUCAAAAACUAAAGCAGUUUAUUAGCCUAAUAUGCUGUAGUAUAUAAUAUUCAAGAUGCAUAGUACAAGUGCCUCUCGGUUCUCCUAUAGAAGUUUUCACGGUGUGCUAAAUUAAAGGAUGUGUGUUUUUUCUUAUUUUCUAGAAAUGACCUCGUUGAUCUGUGUUUUUGUUUUGCACAUAAAUUACCAUAUUUGUAUAAAU